AUGGAGCGGGUGAGCGAGGCCGCCGCCUGCGGCCCCUCGGCGGGCUGCUACACGUACCAGGUGAGCCGGCACAGCGCCGACAUGCUGCACAGCCUCAACCAGCAGCGCAAGAACGGCGGCCGCUUCUGCGACGUGCUCCUGCGUGUGGGCGACGAGAGCUUCCCGGCGCACCGGGCGGUGCUGGCCGCUUGCAGCGAGUACUUCGAGUCGGUGUUCAGCGCGCAGCUGGGCGACGGGGCAGGUGGCGGCGGCGGCGCGGAGGGGGGCGCGACGGAGGCGGCGGCCGGAGGGGCCCCCGGGGGCGGGCGGGAGCUGGAGAUGCACACCAUCAGCUCCAAGGUGUUCGGAGACAUCCUGGACUUCGCCUACACGUCGCGCAUCGUGGUGCGGCUGGAGAGCUUCCCAGAGCUCAUGACGGCCGCCAAGUUCCUGCUGAUGCGCUCCGUGAUCGACAUCUGCCAGGAGGUCAUCAAGCAGUCCAACGUGCAGAUCCUCGUGCCUCCUGCGCGCCCCGACAUUAUGCUCUUCCGUCCGGGGGCUGCUGACCUCGGCUUCCCUCUUGACAUGACCAACGGUGCCACUUUGGCGCCCAAUGGCAAUGGCAUUGCUGGCAUGCCCGAAGAUGAGGCCACGAGGGCUGCGCUUAGUGCUGCGCAGUCCUCCCUGCCUGUACUGCAGGGUGUGGACCGCCUGCCCAUGGUGGCAGGACCUCUGUCCCCACCACUGCUGGCCUCACCCUUCCAAAAUGUUACUGCUAGUGCUCCUACUUUAAGCACCAAGAGGGGCAGAGGGCGUCCCCGUAAAGCCAAUCUUUUGGAUUCCAUGAUGUUUGGUGCCCCAGGAGGCCUGCGAGAGGCUGGUAUCCUGCCUUGUGGCCUCUGUGGGAAAGUGUUUACAGAUGCCAAUCGUCUUCGUCAACAUGAGGCUCAACAUGGGGUGACGAGCCUACAGCUGGGCUACAUAGACAUCCCUCCCCCAAGACUGGGUGAAAAUGGUAUCCCUGGUCCGGAUGACCCCGAUGCACCCCGAAAAAGAAGCAGGACAAGGAAACAGGUGGCUUGUGAAAUCUGUGGCAAGAUUUUUCGGGAUGUGUACCACCUGAAUCGGCACAAGCUGUCACACUCUGGCGAGAAGCCUUACUCUUGUCCAGUGUGUGGCUUACGGUUCAAGCGGAAGGACAGGAUGUCCUAUCAUGUUCGAUCUCAUGAUGGCUCUGUGGGAAAGCCCUACAUCUGCCAGAGCUGUGGAAAAGGCUUUUCCAGGCCAGACCACUUGAAUGGACACAUCAAACAGGUGCAUACCUCAGAGAGACCUCACAAGUGUCAGCAGGAAAAUGGCAGCCACCAUGGAAUAAGCUCAGAGACAUCCACAUCCAUAGAAAAGUUGAACCUUCAAGAGACCUGUAACGCUUCCUUUGCCACUCGUGACCGACUGCGCUCACACCUAGCGUGUCAUGAAGACAAAGUUCCAUGCCAGGUGUGUGGGAAGUACUUGAGAGCAGCAUACAUGGCAGAUCAUUUGAAGAAGCAUAGUGAAGGACCAAGCAAUUUCUGCACUAUCUGUAACCGAGGUUUCUCCUCUGCCUCCUACUUAAAGGUCCAUGUUAAAACCCACCACGGUGUUCCCCUUCCCCAGGUCUCCAGGCACCAGGAGUCCAUCCCGAAUGGGGGAGCAGCGUUCCACUGCGUCAGGACCUAUGGCAUCAAAGAAGGCCAGAAAUGUUCACAUUCGGACCCGAUUGAGAGUUCUGAUUCAUAUGGAGACCUCUCUGACACCAGUGACCUCAAGACUCCUGAGAAACAGAGCACCAAUGGGUCCUUCUCGUGUGACAUGGCAGUCAGCAAAAACAAAAUGGAGACGGAAGGAGAGAAGAAGUACCCUUGCCCUGAGUGUGGCAGCUUUUUCAGAUCAAAAUCUUAUCUGAACAAACACAUACAGAAAGUUCAUGUCAGGGCCCUUGGUGGGCCACUGGGGGACCUUGGUCCUGCUCUAGGAUCCCCCUUUUCACCCCAACAGAACAUGUCUCUCCUGGAGUCAUUUGGGUUUCAGAUCGUCCAGUCAGCAUUUGCAUCAUCUUUAGUGGAUCCAGAGGUCGACCAGCAACCAAUGGGGCCAGAGGGGAAAUGA